ACCAGCACCUUCUUCAACCCUUCCACCUGUUCGAUGACCGAGGCGGAGGCCCAGCCGUGGUUCUACGUCAACCUCCUGGAGCCGGUCCUAGUUCAGCUGGUCCGCAUCGACUUUGGCGCCUCCUGCUGCGGUCGCAGUCCGGCGACGAUCACCGUCCGCGUGGGCAACUACCGCCCAGACAUGGGCCAGAAUCCGGUGUGCAACAAAUUUACCGGGUACAUUGAGGAGGGUCGGCCACUGUUUCUGCCCUGCGCUCGACCGAUGCCGGGCGCCUUUGUCAGCAUCACGCUGGAGUCAAACGGAAGUCCACUCUCCAUCUGUGAGAUGUUUGUCUACACUGAUCAUGCCCUCUCCAUCGAGCAGUGCCCCUCCUUCCGCGACCAGCCACUGGGCAGCACCUCCACCUACAACGGCAACUGCUACAUCUUCUACAACCACCAGCAGAUGAACUUCCUCCAGGCGAAGACCUUCUGCGAGAAGAGGGGCGGCUCGCUGGUCAAUCAAAUCUCCCCUGCCCUUCAGGGCUUUCUCAGCUGGGAACUGUACCGAAGGCAUAAGAACGACAAGCACGGCCAGUACUGGCUGGGCGUCGUUCGAGACUCCCAAAAUGGCAAUAACUGGAAGUGGAUAAACGGAAAGGACGUGACGCUGUCCUUCUGGAACCUCCCGGGAACGUCGGAAAACUGCUCCCGUUUCGACGGCACCAAGGGCUUCCUCUGGUCGGACACGAACUGCGCCAGCAAACUGAACUUUAUGUGCCAGCACCGGCCGCUGUCUUGCGGAAAACCGGAACGACCGGUCAAUUCGACGGUUCUGGCUGCUAGUACCGACGUCGGUGCCACCAUUGAGUACCGCUGUGGUGAUGGAAGUCUGCUGGUGGGCCCUAGCAUUAGGACCUGUCUGCCGAAUGGCUUCUUCAGCGAGUUUGCCCCCAAGUGCAAGUACAUUGAAUGCGGCUUCCCCGCUUCCAUCUCCAAUGGCCACUACACACUGAACAACGGCUCCAGCCGAGCCUUCCUCUCCACGCUGACCUACCACUGCAAAGAUGGCUACGUUCUGGUGGGCCGGGCGACGUUGGCCUGUGACGCCGACGGGCGCUGGAACGGGCCGCCGCCUCGCUGUGAGCCGGUCCUCUGUCCCCAGCCGCCGAUGAUCGUCAACGGUGGUUACAGCCUAAGUAACAACAAUAGCACAAUGUUUGGCUCCGCCGUGGAGUACAGCUGCGAGCCGGGCUUUGAGUUGAUUGGAGAACGGGUGAUCACUUGCAACCUGGCCGGAUACUGGGACGCACAGCCCGGGUACUGUUUGG